GGUCUUGGUGAGGUGGGUGACUCUCCAAGAUGAGAGACAAGCCAAUUUGGGAGCAGAUUGGAUCCAGCUUUAUUCAGCAUUACUACCAAUUAUUUGAUAACGAGAGAACCCAACUAGGAGCAGUUUACAUUGAUGCAUCAUGCCUCACGUGGGAAGGACAGCAGUUCCAGGGGAAAGCUGCCAUUGUGGAGAAGUUGUCUAGCCUUCCGUUCCAGAAAAUCCAGCAGAGUAUCACGGCGCAGGACCAUCAGCCUACACCAGAUAGCUGUAUCAUCAGCAUGGUUGUAGGCCAGCUCAAGGCUGAUGAAGAUCCCAUCAUGGGUUUCCACCAGAUGUUUCCAUUAAAGAACUUCAAUGACGCUUUGGUUUGCACCAAUGACAUGUUCAGGCUUGCCCUGCACAAAUUCGGCUGACCUCCUGGCCAGACACUCACGCUGUUUCCUCCUCCCUCCUCUUCCCAAGACUAUCUCACUCCUCCAGAUGCUCCAAAUAUCAUACACAAAUGAGCAGGGCCGAGGAGGGAGUGGGUGCAGUGUGCUUCUGUCACCACGGUGUUGUGCAUGAUGUUUGGAUGCUAGACUAGUUGCAUCUGACAGGAGACAUUUGUGUUGUACCAGCGCAUGCCUUGGAAAGACUUAAG